UUCCAAUGCUGGCACAUCGAGCAGUGGCACGAUGGCGUCCGUCCAUUUGGCGCGCCGCGUGCUUGAGUACUCAUAGUACGUCUUCAAAGAACACGCUGUACUCGUACGGUGAUGGGUAUCUGGGCACCUUGGGCCAUGGCAACUACGACGCCGUGGAUGCGCCGAAAGCGUUGGCCGCGUUUGAGGGACUGGACCUCGUUCAGGCGUCCACUGGCUGGUCGCACACGGGGGUCGUGGAUGUCCAAGGCAAAGCGUACGUGUUUGGCCGGUCACACCAUUUCAAGAACGUCAUCCGCGCCAUCAACAUGCAUCGGUUUGCGCCUUGGUUUCUGGAUUUUGCUAACAAGCUGGGCGGCGCGCGCUCCGUGGAAGCAUUCUUGCCGGUCGAAGUGCUGCUGCCGGAGAAGGUGGCCGAGGUGGCUUGCGGCUCGACAUUGUCGCUGUUCCGGACCGAGUCGGGCGUGCUGUAUGCCAACGGCGGCAAUUACUACGGACAAUGCGGCGUGGGGCACGAGAACUCGAGUGUGUGGGAGGCCGAGCGCGUGAAGCUUCCGCCGGUUGCGCAAGUGGCCGCGGGAUAUCAGCACGUGUUGGCACUCACGACCGAAGGCCAAGUGUAUUCAUGGGGCAAGGGCGAGCGGGGACAGUUGGGCUAUGGCACUGUGAACUUGAGCGCACCCCAACAAUUGGUGGCGUUGCGAGACAAGCAAGUGCGGUAUGUGGACGUUGGCUUCAACUAUUCGCUGGCAAUCACAGUCGAAGGCGAGCUGUACGUGUGGGGCAAAUUGAUGGGCGCGGACCAGCACGGUCGUAAGAAUGGCGAAGAUCAAAUCACCCCACGACUGGUGCGGACGUCGGCCCCCGUGGUGGCCGCCAAGAGCAGCCACUUUCACACGCUCGUCUUGACUGAGGACGGCAAAGUAUGGGUGCUGGGUCGGAGCCAGGCGGUGCACCUGACAGGUGAAAAGACCGGGCGGACCAACCCAGAGGUGCACGUGAGCCCCGUGGCAGUGGACGUGGGGGGAGUGUUGGACCCGAAGCGCAUCGUGCGGCUGGGCAAAGGCGUGCACAACACGUCCAUCAUUCUCGACGACGGCAGAGUGUUUGCGUGGGAUUGGAAGGACGGGCUCCAUCGCGUGGACGCGCUCAGCGGGUACCAUGUCGAGUCGUAUGAGACAGGAUUUGGCUCGAACGUGUUCUUGGGCCAUUCCAAGGCCACCAACGGCCAGGUUUAGGUGCAGGUUUAGGUGCAGUCUUAUAGAGAUUAAGGACCCAAGUUGCAUUCUACGUCCCCG